AUGGAUUCAGGAGGUACCAGUGGAAUUAGUGUCGAGGCUUAUCCUCGUUUAAGCACGCAAGAUUAUCAAAAUGUGGCUUUACUUGUUGUACUUUAUUUACUACAAGGAAUUCCUGUGGGAUUAGCAUUUGGUUCAGUUCCAUUUCUACUAAAAUCGAAACUAUCAUAUUCAGAAAUUGGACUUUUCUCUUUAGCCACUUAUCCAUAUAGUUUAAAAUUAAUAUGGUCACCGAUUGUUGAUGCUAUCUAUUCAAAAAGAGUUGGACGCAGAAAAAGUUGGAUAAUACCAAUUCAACUUUUAACUGGGAGUUUAUUUUAUUGGCUUGGAAAACAUGUUGAUGUAAUGUUUAAUCAAGAAAAGCCUGAUGUGAAUACUUUAACGUUAUUAUUUUUUAUACUAAUAUUUUUUUCUGCCACACAAGAUAUUGCUGUUGAUGGGUGGGCGUUAACAUUAUUAUCAAAGAAUAGUCUUUCUUACGCAUCAACAGCACAAACUAUAGGAUUAAAUACAGGAUACUUUUUAUCAUUUACAGUAUUUUUGGCGUUCAAUUCUGCCGAAUUUAGCAACAAAUAUUUCAGAAAAGAACCAAUUGAUAAUGGAUUUCUAUCAAUGGGGUCAUAUCUUACUUUUUGGUCUGUUGUAUAUCUUCUUGUGACUAUUUGGUUGAUUUUUAUUAAAGGAGAGGAUGCUACGCAUUCUUCUGAUGAAAUGGAUAUCAAAACAGUAUAUAGGACGAUAUGGAACAUAUGUAAAAUGCCUCAUAUGCGCAGACUUAUUGUGGUCUUGCUUGUGGCAAAGAUUGGAUUUAUCGCAAAUGAGUCCGUUACAGGAUUGAAACUUUUGGAAAAAGGUUUUAGUAAAGAAGACUUGGCUUUGGCUGUAUUGAUCGAUUUUCCAAUUCAACUUUUAGUUGGUUAUUAUGCUGCUAGAUGGAGUAAUGGCCCACAGCCUUUAAAACCUUGGACUAUAGCAUUUUAUGGUCGAUUAUUUUUUGCCGCUGUUGGAAUGAUAGUUGUAUAUGUAUUCCCGACUGAUAAAAAAAUUUCUACUGAAAUGUUCUCUCUUGUAAUAGCUAGCACUGUAAUGAGCUCUUUUAUGAGCACUGUACAGUUCGUUAGUAUAUCAGCUUUCUUUACUAUAAUCGCUGAUCCAGUUAUAGGUGGAACAUAUAUGACAUUGUUAGCUACGUUUAGUAACUUUGGGGGAACAUGGCCUAGAUUCUUUGUAUUAGAAGCUGUCGAUUAUUUCACAGAGGCUACAUGUAAAAUUGUUAAAGACAACACUACUAGCAUAAUACAAUGCGUUAGUGAACAAGGUAAAACUAUAUGUAAAGAUAAUGGUGGUACGUGUGUUGUACAUAAAGAUGGAUAUUAUAUUGUAUCGAUAGCGACAAUUACAAUUGGUACCAUUUUAUUACUUGGAUUUGUUUUUCCUCAGAUUAAAGCAUUACAAACUUUACCACCUAAAAUGUGGAGAUUAAAAAAAUAG